AUGUAUCAUCAUAAUCCUUGACCUUAUUCUCUCCAGUUUACAGACAUUUGCCAUACCAGGUUCCAUAUUUCUAAGCAUCCUCUCAGGAUUUCUGUACCCAUUUCCUUUAGCCCUGUUCCUCGUCUGUCUGUGUUCUGGGCUUGGAGCUUCCUUCUGCUAUAUGCUUUCUUAUUUGGUUGGACGGCCAAUUGUUUAUAAAUAUUUGACGGAUAGGGCAACAAAAUGGUCGCAACAGGUUGACAAGCACAGGGAGCAUCUUAUAAAUUAUAUCAUUUUCUUGAGAAUAACUCCUUUCCUGCCAAACUGGUUCAUUAACAUUACCAGUCCUGUAAUAAAUGUACCUCUUGGUGUAUUUUUCAUUGGCACAUUUUUAGGUGUAGCACCUCCAUCGUUUGUGGCUAUUAAAGCUGGCACAACACUUUACCAACUUACUACCGCAGGAGAGGCUGUUUCCUGGAAUUCAGUGUUUGUUCUCAUGAUCUUGGCAAUAAUCUCCCUACUUCCAGUGUUUUUUCAAAAGAAGUUGAAGCAGAAGUUCUCAUAACUGGUGCAUUAUCCUGCAUUUUAUCUCAAAAUUUGCCUUUGUUACCUUCAGUACAUGGGACAUAGUGAGUGCCCACAAAGUGGGAUUGUAGUAAAGGUUACAUUUCUGAGAUAAAUAAAUCCCUUUUAAUUUUGUAUUCUAACAAUGUGCACUUCA